UGUCACGAUGGAUGAUCAGCAACCGCAAGAGGCGCAGGCAGAGCAGCCCCAGCAGUUGCCGCAGGCAGGGCACGAGGCUCAGCAAGCGCCGUAUGAGCACCACGAGGCGUACCAGCAGCAGCAGCAGCAUCCGCACUACGAGCAGCAGCAGUAUCAGCAGCAGUACCAACAGCAGCAGUAUCAGCAGUACCAGCAGCAGCAGCAGCAGCAGGCACAGUACUACAGCUACGACGCCAGUCACUCGCACUACCCCCCCCAGCACCUACCGCACCACCCUUACGCUUCCCCUCAUGCAGCCUCCGCUUAUCCCUCCACCCCCUACCCUCCCUCCGCCUACCCCCCCGCACAUUCCUAUCAGCCAUCCCCGCCGCCCGCCUAUCCACCCGCUCAAGACUCCGCUUUCUCCGCUCCUUCUCCUCUCGCCGCCUUCUUCGACCCGCGCGAGCCGCCGCCCGCCGCCGUGGCGCCGCCGGCGAGGGAGGAGGUGCGCGGGCGCGUGGAGAAGGCGGCGGAGUACGCCGCGAAGAACGGGCCGCAGUUCGAGGCGCUCAUGCGCGACAAGCAGCGCGGCCACCCCACGUACGGCUUCCUGGAGCCGGGCGGGGAGGGCGCGGACUACUACCGCUUCCGCCUCUGGUGCGCUCUCUCUGGCGCGGGGGGCGCGGACGCGGCGAAGUGGGGGGAGGGGAAGAGUGGGGCUGAUGGGGAGGCGGAGAGUGGGGGGGGGAAUCAGGGGGAGAAAGGCGGAGAGCGGGGAAAUGUGGAAGGGAAGGUAGAGGGGGUGCAGGAGGGGGGGAAAGAGGCAGCAGAGGGCGCGGUGGGCGCGCACCAGGCGCAGCCGGGCUCUGAGGCUCCUGCGGCCGCCCAUCCCUCCGCCGAUUCCGCCCCUCCCCUUCCCCCGCAGCCCCCAACUGCUCCCCAAGAGGCGGAGGCGGACAUGGCGCUGCGGGCGGCGGUGGCGGCGGCGGGGCUGCCGCUGGACGUGGGGGGCGAGGCGGUGGCGACGCUGGCGGGGCUGAGCGGCACCAAGGACGCCAUCAAGAGCGCCAAGGCGUGGGUGGCGUGGCGCGGCGCCAUGGGGUGGGCGCCGCACAUCGCGUGGGUGCUGAGGGAGCGCAUGGCGGCGCUGAGCGGGCAGCCCGAGCGGCAGCUGCACGUCAUCUACCUCGUCAACGACGUGCUCUUCCACAGUCUGCAGCAGCGGCCACAGCCGUCGGCAGUGGACGCGGUGGCGGGGGCGCUGCAGCCGUGCCUGGGCUUCAUGCUGGCGGCGCUGUUCCACGGGGGCGGCCAGCAGCAGAGCAGCAACCAGGAGCGCCUGGGGAAGAUCCUCGCCUUCUGGGCCACCAAGGAGGUGUACCCGGGGGAGGUCAUGGCGCACCUCGGCGCCCUCAUGCGCCUCCCGCCCCACCAACACGCCCCCAUGCCACCUCCACCCCCCCCAGGCCCCCCACUCCCUGCUGCGACCCCUUUGGACUACCACGGCGCAGUGCCAUACCCGUCCGCCCCACUGCCGUAUGCGCAUCGUGCUGCCAUGCCGCACCACGCCCCUCCCCCACCCGCAUGGCCCCCUCACCCGCCGCACAUGCCCCCCAUGCCUCACGAUGCAGCAGCCCCUGCCUCUGCGCCUGUGGCUGCCAACCCCCCUCCCUUCUCUCCUUCCCCUGCGCCUGCCACUCACCCCGCACAUCUCCCCUCGCUCUCACCGGCAGCCCCCAGCGCCCCCGCUCAGCCGCAGCCCCCCACCUCAGAUGCCGCCCCUGCAGCGCCCGCCCCGCCGCCCGCUGAGAAGCCACCGUACCCGCUGUUCCCGCCGGGGCUGAUCCCGGGCAUGGUGCGCAAGAAGCAGGUGGGGUCGGGCGUGCCGUACGCGCCCAUGGCGCCGCACGACAUCCCGUCCAGCAUCCCCCCGCCGCACGAGUCGGAGGAGUACCUACGGCGCCGCAUUGCCAAGUUCUUUAGGGCCAUCGGGGAGAAGGACCCCAUGGCGGACGGCCAAGAGGAGGAAGAGGAGCCGGACGAAGUCGAUGGAGGGAGGGGGAUUCUUGGAGCAGGCAUUGGGAACAGAGUGCACGGGCAUGGCGGGGGUGGGCUUGGCGGUGGAGGCAGAAGGGGCUCGGGGGCCAAGCCACGCGCGUUGUCACCACCACCAGCGAUGGGAAUGGAGGGGGGAGGGCUUGGGCUGGGCAUGGAGGUGGACCCGGAGACAGGCAUGCUGCCGGAUGGCAGUGUGGUGCAGAAGCCCGGCAUGGGGGGGGCACGCCUGGGACUGGGUGCUGCCGUGGAGGCCGAUGCUCCGUCGCAGUAUGAUGAUGUGUACUCGAGUUUCCGCCGCAUGCUCAGCUCCUCCUAUCACACUUCCAUUAGUGAGAGGGCUGCUAGGAAGUACGAGCGGUAGCAUACCAAGGAAUAUAGUGGCUUCAAGAGAACAUUUCUUGGUGACUGUAGGCUGGGAAUAUUUUUUAUGAAUUAAUCAGAGUAAUAACAGGUAGUGUAAUACAGGAGUCGUGAUUCAAGAGUGCCGAU